CUGACAUGAUGCACAUUAAAUCAAUAUAUACCUUUCCAUCCAAAAGGCAAUCGGGAAACCAUGCGUAUGAUCAAUGCAUUUGAUGGGAAUGUCCACGCCUACAAAGUAGAUGUAACCAAUGCAGAAGAGGUGUACGAAACCGCCAAGAGUGUCAGCCGGGAGGUUGGUGACGUCACCGUUCUGGUAAACAACGCCGGUGUGCUAAACGGCAAGCGCUUUAUGGAUUGUUCAGAUGACAUGAUACGUAGGACGAUGGAUGUCAAUGUGAUGUCACACUUCUGGACGUCAAAGUCAUUUCUGCCAGCAAUGAAAGCCCAAAACAAGGGUCACAUUCUGACCAUAGCUAGCAUGGCCGGCCACUUCCCCGCCAACUACAUGGUAGACUAUUCCACCAGUAAGUUUGGCGCCGUAGGACUACAUUCAUCGUUGAGAUUGGAGCUUCUAUUAGAAGGAUAUGACGGUAUUGACAUGACGGUGGUUUGCCCGGGACCAGUCAGCACCGGUUUGCUCGAGGGAGCCAAGUGCAUGUAA